AUGGUCUUUACUUCACUAGGUGCAACAACAAGGGUGAUUGGUGCUCGGGUCUUCAAUUUAGAAGGCGAACCCGGUGACGAACGGCUAACUCCAGUCGACUUUGAGGGACAUGGGAUGCAUACAGCCUCCACAGCAGCCGGGAUAGCAAUACCCAAUGCAAACUUGUUCAGCUUGGCCAACGGAGUUGCCCGAGGAGCAGUCCCUUCAGCCCAAAUUGCUAGUUAUAAAGUCUGUGGAAACGAUGGCUGUGGAUCUGCGGACCUCUUAGCAGCAUUUGAUGUCGCAAUUGCCGAUAGGGUAGACAUAAUCUCAGUUUCUGUUGCAGGGUAUCAUACAAGUUUCUUGGAUGAUCCGAUAGACAUUGGUGCUUUCCAUGCCAUGAAGAAGGGAAUCUUGAUUGUUUGUGCUGGAGGAAACCAAGGACCUGGAUAUUCGAACAUUGCUAACACUGCACCUUGGAUCAUGACGGUUGUUGCUUCAAGCAUAGAUCGAAAGUUCCACACAAUGGUCAGAUUAGGUGACGGAACUGUGAUUCCUGGAUUUUCCAUCAACACGUUUACACCUCCUAACAAGUCAAUGUAUCCUUUGGUGAAUUGGUACCUCAAUUUCAGUGCCUGUGAUCCCUCGGUUCUAACCAAGGACAAGGUAAAGGGACGCAUUUUGUACUGUCCAGAUGCCGAGGAUGAAGAUGCCCUCAUCAAACAAUUAGGUGGUGUGGGAAUAAUUAGAUCGGCAGCCAGAGCUGCUAUUGACAAAACAGUAACAGUCAAUGUGACUGCACCAUUCAUUGCGUCCUUCUCAUCCAGAGAACCCAAAGAAAUUUCGCGCAACAUUCUCAAGCCCGACAUUGCAGCACCAGGGAUCGACAUACUAGCCUCAUAUACCACAUUGAGAACCAUGACAGGAAGACAAGCUGCUGCUGCAUAUGUCAAAACAUUUCAUCCAAGUUGGUCAAUGGCUGCUAUCAAGUCUGCUUUGAUGACCACUGCCAAACCAAUGAAGCUUCAGGCUGAUGGUGGAGAGUUUUCUGCAGGGCUGGCCUAA